AUGACAGGUCUAGGAUCACCUUGUGGAGCCUGCAAGUUCUUGAGGAGAAAGUGUGUUAAAGGUUGUGUAUUUGCUCCAUAUUUCUGCCAUGAACACGGCGCGACGCAUUUUGCUGCAAUUCAUAAGGUGUUUGGAGCAAGCAAUGUUUCAAAACUCCUUGCUCACCUUCCGGUGACUGAUCGUUGCGAAGCUGCUGUCACAAUCUCUUAUGAAGCUCAAGCAAGGCUUCAAGAUCCCAUUUACGGCUGUGUUUCUUACAUUUUCGCGCUUCAAGAACAGGUUGUCAAUCUACAAGCACAGCUAGACUCUCUUAAGGCACAAGCAGCCCAAGGCCUUGUCAAUGGCUCUACAACUUCAAGCCCCGAAGACGAUGACAAAUUUUACAAGAAAUUUCCUUCUUAUCCACAAGAUUUCCAAGGAUUGUUUCAUUCAGAAGAAUCAAAGAUGCAAUUCCAUCAAAACCCUAACAUUAUCCAUGAUGAGACAAUGAAGAACUACAACACUGCAGGUUUCAUGGAUCCCAAUUCUAUGAGUAAUUAUCACAAUAAUCCUGUAAUUCCUGAAGAGAAUCUCUCAUUUACUGGUUUUGAAGACCCAUCUCAUCAUGCUAUGGCUUAUCUUGACAUGCAAAAUAACACCAGGAAAUGGGCUCUUCAAGACAUGGAAGAUCUACAAUCACUGGCUUUCUCCUAUCUACAAAGCUCAUCAUACUGA